GUAUACAUAAGUGUGGUUAUGUAAAAAAUUUAAAAUGUCCAAUAUUUUUUUGAAAACUUUCUUUUUAUUGAAUAAAUUACCCAAAAAUAAUCCAAACCCAUUUACAAGAACCUAUGCUGUUCGAAAAAGGUUCUAUAAAAGCACAAGCAUACUUAAAAGUGAAGGCAACUAUGAAAUAUCUUUGGAUCAAAGAAAACUUAAAACCCCUAAAGGAAAUUUAUUUAAAGUAGAAAGUGAACCUUUAGCCCUAGCUGUAGCAACAGAAUGGAACUCACAGAAAGACAAAAUCCUUCAAAGCAAAAUGCAUAUUACUACAUUGUGUAAUACAGUAUUAGAUAAUCCCAAUAAUUUAACAAAGUAUGAUGUAGUAGAUUACAUUACAAACUAUUUGGAUACAGAUACAGUUUUAUUUCAAGCAAAUGAGGAUGCAGAAUUACUUAAGGUACAGGAAACUGAGUGGGAUCCUGUUAUAGAAUGGUUUAAUAAUAAAUUUGAUGUGAAUUUAAAAAAAUCUACACAGAUGGACAUUCCUCCUGUUUCAGAGCAAGAUAAGGCAAAACUAAGCAAACAUUUAAUGUCCUAUAAUUUUGCAGCAAUAAAUGGAUUUGUUUAUGGUGUAGAUACAUUAAAAUCAGUAGUACUAACUUUGGCAUGUACUGAAAGAUUUAUAACCCCUGAAAAAGCAGUUUUGCUGUCCAGGUUAGAGGAAGAAUACCAAACUAGUCACUGGGGAAGGGUAGAAUGGGCUCACGACUUAAGUCAGCAAGAUUUACAAGCUCGUCUAUCAGCUGUAGUGUUAUUUAUUUAUUUUAACUCUCAGUCAAGUAAAGUACAAUCAAAAAAUGUCCCCAUGUAAUAACGUAGGUG